UUGUUCUCAUUUCCACGUUGUUUUUUGAUUGAACUUACUUUCCACCUAUUUCUUUGUAACUUUCUGUAUCAUUAAACAAGAUUUUUGAAAAGCAAUAGAAAAUGUUCAUACAGACUUCAAUGUCCCCAGAAUUAUUUUGGAAGUCCGUCAAUAUUUUGAUAACCAAAUUCAAUGUUAUUAAUAAAAGGUUAUGGGGUUGCAAUACAAUUUUCAGUUGUUGUUGCAAACCUACAAAUAAUAUGUGGGAGCAUCCCAAAACUUGUACAAAAUUGCAAGAUAAAGGAGAUCCUCAGCCAGACAUAGACUUACUAUUCAAGGAAUUGCAAAUAGAACAGUGUAUUGGAGCUGAAGAAGUUGAUGCUUGUGCAACAGUUGUUGUAAUUGAAUUACUUCCAAAAUUAUAUUCACAGAAGAAAGCAUAUCAGCUAAUUCUUAUGGAAAAAGGGAAAGAGCUUGUAACUUUCUAUGAUAUAACACCAGAAGGAUAUAACCAAAACUUGUGUCCUGAUUUUAUUUAUUCACUUGCUUUAGAAAAUGGGAUAUUGUCAUUGAAAACUAAUUUAGACAAUGUUUCUAACUCAAAAUCAUACCAAUGGCUAGUAAAGCAAGUACUACCACAAUUUGUGAAAUGGGGAGAGGAAGAAAAUGUAAAGAAGCACAUGUGUACUGAAUCUUUGAGUUUGAUAUCAACAGAUGAUUAUUACAAAAAGUAUAAUGAGCUAAAACUCAAAUAUGGUAAAGAAAUGGUUGAGAUUUGGCCAGAAGUAACAGACCCCUCUAAGUUUGUGUAUGAGGAUGUUGCAAUAGCUACAUAUUUAUUGUUGCUGUGGGAAAAUGGAAAUGAAGAAAAUAGAAAGAAAACUUUUGUAGACCUUGGUUGUGGUAAUGGGUUGUUGGUCUAUAUUCUAACUAAAGAAGGACAUACUGGAGUGGGCAUAGAUGUGAGAAAAAGACAAAUAUGGGAUAUGUAUCCUGAUGAUGUGAAACUAGAGAUAAAAACAAUAAUACCAUCAGAUUUGAAUUUAUUCCCUGAAGCUGAUUGGCUAAUUGGAAACCACUCAGAUGAACUUACACCAUGGAUACCAGUAAUUGCUGCCAGAAGUUCCUACAAAUGCAAUUUUUUCCUUCUCCCAUGUUGUGCUUUUAAUUUUGAUGGUAGUAAAUACCAAAGAAAAGAUUCUUCUAAAAGCCAGUACACAGAAUAUCUAGAGUAUGUCAAAGAUUUAUGUGUAAGUUGUGGAUUUGUCACACAUGUGGACAGGCUAAAGAUUCCUAGUACUAAAAGGAUAUGCCUUGUGGGACAAAAGAGAUCACAUACAGAAGACAUGUACUUAGAAUAUUGCAAUGACAUCAAAAAGUUAAUAGAUAAAAGUUGUGGAUGUACAGACAAUAAAGCUAGCAAAUCUGACCCUUGGGUGGCAGACUUCAAAGCUAGAGAUCCAGUAGAAAGAAUAAGAAAUUGCACCAAAAUAGACAAAGGUACCAUAGAAUCAAUGGUAAAUUGCAUUGCAAAUUAUUUACUGCAAGGUUGUAAUUUGGAGACUGAAUGGUCUUGUGGUAGGUUAGUGAAUUUAUGUGAACUAAUCCAUUUGUUAAAUGAGGACCAACUGAAAGCCAUGAAAGCUGAAUGUGGUGGACUACAAACUCUUUUAAGGAAUCAUCAUCAUAUUUUUAAAGUGCAAAGUGGUCAAGUUCAGUUACGGUAUCCUAAAAAUAUUGAUGAAGUGAGCAAAAAUGUCUCCAAACCUAAUAAAAACAUAAAAGUGAAGCGAAAAUCUUGUUGGUUUUAUGCUCAUCAUCCACAAGGUUGCCCACUAAUAGACAGUAAGUGUAGUUAUUUACAUCAAAAGUGAGUGUAUUUAUAUUUAUGUAAGAAUAAUAUGAUUAUUAUGUAGCUAUUAUAAUAGUUUGUAUAAAAC